CAACCAUGACAACGAAGUGUUUAGUUAGCAUGAUUUAUUAAACUCUUAUCGUAAGAUUUAAUGUAAACACGUUGAGCAGGGAUCCAAGCAGACUCUCUUCUGGGCUCGUAUGAACUACAUUUUUGCGGUGAUAUCUCUUUAAGAAAAAAGGAACUAAGAUAUUUUCAUUUCCUUAUUUGUAUUCUUACACGCACUAUUAGAAGAGCAGUGUUUCAUUAGUAAGUUAACUCGACUUAAUCUCGUGUUUCAAACGUUUUCGCAGCGUUUGGCGGGUUUAUCGUUUCUCUCUGUUUAGAGCAGCGCGGUCACCAGAUGGCAGCAGUGAUCACUGAAGAUAACGUGUACAGUGAUGAGGAGGUGAACGGCGCGCCCCCUGCUGCUGCGGACGAUCAACUGCAGCUACCCGGACCUGAUGGAAACAUACAGGGACAGGUGGAGGAGUUUCUCGGCCCACAUCCUGACUAUGAUGAGGAGGAAGAGGAGCGCAAGUACUACAGACGAAAGAGGCUGGGUGUAGUGAAGAAUGUCUUUGGGGCCAGUUGCGGAGGAAUGAUCAUUUACAGUGUUUACAUGGGUCUGUUGCAGAUGCAGUUGAUUUUGCACUAUGAUGAGACCUACAGAGAGGUGAAGUAUGGUACGCUGGGGCUGGAGGAUAUCGACAGCAAAAUGCUGAUGGGCAUCAACGUCACGCCCAUUGUCGGCCUGCUGUACACACCUGUGCUCAUCAGAUUUCUUGGUACCAAAUGGAUGAUGUUCCUGGCAUCCGGAAUCUAUGCGCUCUUUGUUUCGACUAAUUACUGGGAGCGAUACUACACUUUGGUACCAUCCGCCGUCGCCAUCGGUGUCGUCAUAGUGCCCCUUUGGGCAUCCUUGGGAAACUACAUUACUAGAAUGGCCCAGCAGUACUAUGAGUAUGUGAACUAUAAAGAAGAACAUGUCCAGGAACAGAAGAAGCCCCCUAAAGGAGCCUUUCAUUCUUACAUCAUAGUUUUUCAAUCUGUCUUCUACAUCUUUUUCCAUCUGAGUUUCGUGUUUGCAGAGUUCCCCAUGGUGAUGUUCCUCAAUAACUAUCUGAGUGAUUACAACCACACUCUCCUCAAAGUCACACAGUGUGGAGCCGAAGGUAGAGGGGUGAUUCUGAAUUUAAACAAGACGGUUUUACGCAGCCUGCCUCGUUCUCUGCUGCUCAUCGAGGUUGAAAGCGUUCUCAUGGGUGCAGCCUUCCUCGCCAUGAUCAUCUUCCUCGCAUUGUGUGGAGCCGCAUACCGGCCCACGGAGGAGAUCGACCUUCGCAGUAUCGGCUGGGGAAACAUCUUCCAGUUGCCCUUCAAGCACUUACGAGACUACCGUAUCCGCCUGCUCUGUCCGUUCUUUAUCUACUCUGGCUUCGAGGUGCUCUUUGCCGUCAAGGGCCUCAUACUGUCAUAUGGCGUGUGUGUAGUGGGAAUGGAGAAGCUGUGGUUGUUAGUGAUGGUGUAUGGUUUGUCAUCCUCCAUCUGUUCGGCCUUGGCCCUCACCAUGCUGCGCUUGCCCAGGCCGGUUAUUCUCCUCGGGGGGGCCUUCGUGCACUUCGUCCUGCUAAUAGCACUGAUGUGCUGGUCACCAACGCCAAGACACCCUGAAAAUCUUCCAUAUCUGCUGGUGCUCUCUGCCCUCUGGGGUCUGGGCACCGCCCUUAACAAGACAGGACUGAGCAUUUUGUUGGGGAUGCUGUACGAGGAUAAGGAGCGACUAGACUUCAUUUAUACCAUCUACCAUUGGUGGCAGGCCGUUGCCAUCUUCAUUGUCUAUCUUUGGACUGCAUUGCCUAUGAGGGCCAAACUUGGACUCCUGUUGUUCGCUCUUGUGGUGGCGUCUUUCUGCUACGUGCAGAUGGAGCGUCGCCUGGCGGCAAGAAUUCAAUUUAGAUUGCCACGGAUUCCUCGUCCACGGCAUAAGGUCAAAGGUUACCGAUACCUCGAAGAAGAAAACUCUGACAAAUCCGACACAGAUCUGAGCGAUGCCGAUGAUGACGAGAAUAUGGAGGAGGAGGGUAGGCCCCUGGUUGAGGAAGACCAGAAUUCAGACGCUGACUCCCAGGGUUUACCAGGACCAGAGAGGAUCGGGGUUAGAGAUCGGAGGAAGAGACACGACAACGCCGCCUACGAGCAGGCAGGGGAGAGAGAGGAUUAUGUCCACCACACAAGAGAAUAGAAAAGUGGAGAUGAAACUAUUCAGAGGAUGGGAAAGUGUGGGCCAGCUGUGAAAAUGAAGGUCAGAAAAUAACCCACGGUUUCAAAAAAAGUAGAAGUGAUACAUUGAAUGAGAACCGAAAAGAGGAAAUUGCAGUACCUCGUAAGGUCAGGUGGUUUGUUGCCAUAGAAAUGUAAUCCUGUCAAUUUUGAACUGUUGGUCAAGGUAAUAUGCUUAAGUUUGUAUUUUACUUGAAUUCCUUUUUUAUCUUUUAAUAUUUCUUUAAGGGAUUUUCCUUCUAAUAAAACCCACUAAAGAAUCAUUUCAGUAUAGUUUCUAUAAAAAUUACAUUUCAUUUUUUGUAUUUGACUUUAAGAUUGUUUAUGGUGUUGUGAAAUGAUUUAAACAUGUUUUAAUUAAAAUGACAGAAAGGAUAAAAAUCUAAUUGUUUCUUUACAUAAGUGUAUAUUGUUAAUAUUGUCUCGACUCAAUGAUGUGUUGCACAGAAUGAGUGCCUUGUUGCUUUUU